CGCAGUCUCUCCCCAGCAUGAAAUUGCUGGGGAGAGGAUGAAUAUGACUGCACAGCAUAUAUACAAGGGCUGGAUUUUGGGCGUAGUGUUUUUUUAAAGACUCACUUAUGUACCUUGGGACAUUGUAAAACAGGUAAUGUAUGAGCAAUUCCUUGGUGACAUACAGUGUACACUGCACCCGACGCCUGGUGUCACGUUACCAGCACAUUCUAUAGACAUACUGUUGACAUGAGUUGUCUCCUGGUGUAGAGUAUGCAGCAGAUACUGUUUCCACCCUGACCUGACGUCCCAGCUUUACUAUGGGGGUUCUGAUGAGCACAGUAAGGAGGAAGAAGAAAGACGAUGAACAUGAAGGUGUCAAGAACUUGCCUGCGGAUUUAUCCCAGAUGUGGAAUCGGAUCAAUACCCUGCCUCCUGUUGAAAGGCUGCAUAAUCUCUCUAGCCAGUAUGUGCCUUCUGGAUGGAUUACCAUAAGAGUGUUUGUGUCAUCCACAUUUGAUGAUUUCCAUUCAGAGAGAGAAGUGCUUGUGAAGCAGGUGUUUCCAGAACUCAGAGAGUGGUGUGAAGCCCGCAGUAUGUGCUUGGUUGAGUGUGAUUUAAGAUGGGGAAUCCCUAAGGACACCCCUUCAGGCAAGAUCUUCGCCACUUGUCUUGGUGAACUAGAUCGAUGUCACCAGGACACCUUUGGAACACCUUUUAUGGUGGUACUUCUAGGUGAACGUGCUGGCUGGAUACCAGAUGCAGCUGAGGUACCUCAAGGAAUUGUUGACCUCUAUCACUGGAUUGAUGGCAUGUCUGUCACAGGAACUGAAAUACUGCAUGGAGCUUAUAGAAACUAUAAUCCCAAUGCUGCAUUUUGCCUUCGAGAUCCAUCUUUUCUGCUCCAAUUGUCCCAGGAGGAUCUUCCAAAAUAUCAAGACAAAGGUCAUAAGGCUUCAUUUAUGCUGUCACUCAAGGAACAAUUGUGUUGCCGCUUUCCUGCGGAACAGAUCCUGCACUAUGGGUGCCAGAUACUUGCCACUGAACCCACUACUGGACAAGGGAAAGUGAAAUUGGGGAUUUCCUCAGAAUUCUCCUCAUGGAUUCUAGAGUUUCUUAAAAAAAGAAUUCUUCUAACAUUCCCAGAGCGUUCAGAAAGUACAUCAAAGGAGGUUCAGAUUUCCUGGGAGGAGGCAGAAUUAGCUCAACAUCACAUCUUUCUCCAUCAAAAACAGCAGCUAUUUCUUGGACGAGAUCUUGAGAUACAGAGGAUCUUAGAGUUCCUAAAAAUGGAACAAGAUGAUUCCGCCAUGUUGGAAAAUAAAGACGUUGAUGCUGAAUGGAGGAUCCCUAUGUACCAGAUUGUUUCAGAGCCUGGAAGAGAGCAAGAAGAUGUUCUCAUGAAGCUCAGGAAUUGUUGGAGAAAUGAAGAGAUAAAAGACAUCCUGCAGCAUGUCCUGCAAACAUCUGCCAAACUCCCUGGCAUGGCCACAUACAUAUUUAUUGAUGCCAUAAAUCAGCUUUCAUUUCCAUCUGAUGUCACCGACCUGUCUUCUUGGCUGAGCACUCAAGGAUUUCUUCCUCCUUCCUAUAAGUGUGUGAUCAGCUGUACCCCAACCUCUGCACUCUGCACCAUAUCACCAUCUACCUGUCUAAAUCUGGAUCUUCUGUCUCCGGAAGCAGCACAGCGCCUGGUGGUCUUAUACCUGUCUCGCUAUAGCAAGGUGACAACAUUGGUGUAA